UUUUGGCCCCAAGGCAGAGCUUGUCUUCCCGUGCCCCCCCUCCUCGGAUCCUGCAGCUGGAAGCAAUGUUUUUCCUUUGCUGCUGCGAGAAGGGCGAGAGCACUGGGAUGGAUGCUGUCCACACCAUGCCAGCGAUCAAUGACACCGAAAAGCACGAGAUUGUCGAGAACACACUGGAGAUGAAUGACAAGAAAGGAUCCUUCACGGUGAAUGUGAGAUUGCCAGAGAUGUACUUACGGCACCUGGGUGUCGAAUUGGAUGACGUCGACGAUCGAGGCCCAAUGCUCAUGACCAUCACCAGCGGCGUGAUUGACACCUUCAAUACGGAAAAUCCGACCAAAGCCAUGAAGCCGUUUGAUUGCAUCACCGCAGUGAACGGAAAGACUGGCGACAAGAAGCUUCUCUUAGAAACAUUGAAGGCAGCGAUGAAGUCCUCAGAGAAGAGUUUGCAUUUGACCUUGGCGCGUCCUACCCCGUACAAGAUCAUCUUGGAAAAGUCUUCACUUCGCCUCGGUGCGCAGUUGAACUACAAGCCAUCCUCUCGUGGGAGCCGAAGCUGCAAGAACUUCCUUCCUUGUCCAAUGUCUUUUGAGAUGAUUGCACCUGGCUGGAUGGGCACUCAAAACGAACAGGGCAGAAAACUCGCUGGAUCUACUGCAUGGUGUUUGGAGUUAUGCCAGAGGGAGCACUAUUUGUGGGACAUGUUUGAUUCCGCUGCAUGUUGCGUUGUUUUGUUUCCUAGUGUGGCCUUGUUACUGUUGAGCUCGGUUUUGCUUCCCGAUGAAGGUUCACAGCUCCAUUGAAGUAUUUGUAUAUAACUAGUUGCAUUCGCAAAUCACUUCAAAUCACUAGACUUGGUGCCACUGCGUGUGUUUCUUCGUGCUUUGACGCCCC